UACACCAACGAGACGAAUAUGCAACCGCGGCGAUCCGUGCCAAUCGAUGACGUGUACGUGUCCCGCGCUCCGUCCAACAUGCCGUCGUCAUCGUCGGAAGGGCAGAUUGUAGUGUCUCUUGUGAAGCAAGCCGCGUCGUCUCCGCGGGUGCGGACACUGACUCUAUUUUGGCUCGUCGGGUUGUUUGCGAUGCUGUGGGCGCCAGCACCAAUUCACGUGACGGAUGAAAUGAAACACGUCUACGAGGCCAAGCUGGUGGAUGCAGCACACAUCGAAAACUACGACGAAACGUAUGCAGCGCUAUUAAACGCGGAAGAAGCCGUCGCGGAGGCACAGGUCUGGUUUUGGCGAUUCCGGCCCGAACAUCGAGCUGUGGUGGACGCGCGACAAGCCAUUGCAACGCAAGCGCGAACAAAGUUAAACCAUCUCGACGAUCUUCGCGAGGCCAAGAUGCGAGAAGCCAAAGCGUACGUCGGGCUUUGGUCGGACUACGGGCUGAACGAAGUGCGUGCUCGGUUCUGGGCUGCGUUCGAUUCGGGCAAGGUGUUUGCGUCGCGGCAGACUUUCUGGCAAAUGGUGUUUUCCGUGCUGCAAUCCCGCGAGGAGAACGUGAUCAGCCUCAUCUUUCACUGGGCCUUCGUCGCCCUCAUCAACUUUACAUUUGGCCUGAUUGGAAGCCUCUUCUACUUUACCGCGUCGCUCUUUUCGAUGGUAUUCACGUACAACCCGGAUCCGUUGAGUGCCGUGGCGUUUGUGGGCCUUGCGCUCCUCGGCGCCGUCGCCGUCGUCGCAUCGUACCUCCUUGGCAUUUACGCCAUGGCCGCCAGCAGCGUGUACGUUGUCGGCAAGUUGGCGGUGCACAGUGCCAGGAUCCAGUACGAGGACCAACGGGCCGCUCCCGCGCACCUUCGCCAACGACCGCACCAUGAAUAGAUGAAGGCAGAUAAGGCGUUCAAACAGCAAGAUUGGCUUUCUCGCUACA